AUGUCAAGUAAAAGCCAUCCACUUAUUGAUAAACAUGCACCAAAAAAUCUUGUUUUAAAAAAUCAAGAGGGCGAAAGUGUUGAAUUGAAUUCUUAUAUUGGAAAUCAAAAACCUUGUAUUAUAUUUUUUUAUCCUCAAGAUGAAACUUAUGGUUGUACUCGAGAGGUAUGUAGUUUUCGUGACUCCUAUGAUCAAUUUUCAGAAGCAGGAGCAACUGUAUUUGGUAUUUCCUCAGAUACAGUAGAGAAACAUAAAAAUUUUGCAAAGAAACAAAAUUUACAAUUCUCUUUAUUAUCUGACCCAAAUGGUGAAGCAAGAAGGGCAUUUGAGGUUCCAAAAACUUUAGGAUUAUUACCUGGCCGUGCAACAUUUUUAAUUGAUAAAGAGGGUAUUAUCAAAGAUGUUUAUAAUUCUCAAUUAGAUUUUCAAGGUCAUGCCAACAAGUCACUUGAAUUUAUCAAAAGUCAAUAA